UGGGGGGAUUGAUAUGUAAAAUGAUUGUUUCCAAAUUUAAAAAAAGAAAAAUAAAUAAAUAUCAGGCUGGAGAGAGAAAAAAAGAAUAGAUUAUUUAAAAGAAACAACCUAUUAGACUAACUGACUUCUCAACUGAAAGAGUGAAAGCAAAAAAAUAGUUGGAAUAAUUCUGAGGAACUAAAAGAAAAUACAAAAGUAGAGUGAAAGAUAGCAGUGACAGUUAAGGAAAGUAGAAUCUAAAAUCAGGCUGUACCUCCUAGACUUCAGUUGUCAUUAAGUAUCCAUAGCAUUUUGGAACUAAUUCAGCACUUCUGCUACCUUUUUCCUCAAGGGCCAGUAGCCAAUAACCCCUGAGGAAAAGGGAAACCCCACAAACUUUGAAAGUAAAAAAAAAAAAAAAAAAGAAAUAACAAACCUGGCCGAUUUUUUUUUUCUUUCAGAAGAUCACAGUAUUGAUGAUCAAAAUACCAAAUUUUUGGGUAACAGAAUUUUUCAGCCAUUAACAAGUGUCUGUACUGCUUGAGUAGGAGGACAAUAAUGCCCUGAAUUAUUUCACCAGGGGUGAAGUGACAGGAUUUGAAGAUAUAUAAUCAGAUUACAUAUGAAGAUUUAUUUUGAUGAGAAUCCUUACUUUGAAAACAAAGUUGUCUCCAAAGAAUUUCACCUGAUUGAGAGCAAUGGUUCAUCUUUAAAGUCCACCAAAAUGAAAUGGAAACUUGGAAACGAUUUGACAAAAUGCUCAAGUCUAAGGCAGAAUAAGGCCUCCAGUAAGAGGCAGCAUUCGGAACCACUGAACUUUUUAUCUGGUUUACUAACCAUUCUGAUGCAGGUACAGCUAAAAAGUUGUGGAUGCAACACUACCAUUAUGCUCUGUGGAAAAAAAAUAGAAAAAGAAACACCAUCCUUCUGCUGGAAGCUGGACAAUCACCUGUGUAUGGAAAGAAGAGCGGGGGAGAGCUAUAGAAGGUCAGUAAAGGAUGCCUUCACCCAAAAGCUCAUUCUUCCUUCACUUGUCAGCGUCUUUCACAUUUGUGGAUUCAGGGAAGUUGCAGAUUUCUACUUCUCUAGACAUCAGGCUGUAUGCCGACCUAAGUCACCCCAUACCAUAAAACAGCAGUAUUUCAAGCCUUGCCUUACCCUGAGAGUCUCCAUUUUGUAAAGAACAUUUGACUAUAUUUUGAGCACAAAUGCAUAGUAUCAGAAAGUAUUAUUCAAGAUGCUAAUGGAAGAAGGCAAUUAGUAGUCCUACCCAGCAGUGACACCUAUGAACCACAACAAUGGCAGGACAUCUGCAAAAGUGCAGUAGAGGCACUCACGUUUGGUAGUAAUCAACAGCAGUCUCAUUGUACUUGACAACUACUUGGCAGGUGGGAAACCUUCCUGGUCCUGAAGACCUAGCCAGCUUCCCAUGGCUAUUGAGGUCCUGAAUCCUAAGAAAAAGUCUACUGCUGCCAUUUUGCUAGGUCAAUAUAAUUCCUAGCUACACUCUAAAUAUUACUCAUAUAGACAGAUGUUAUCUAUCACCCUUCUCAUCAAAGAAGCUUCUCUUUACAGCAAAUGACAAGCAUUACAGAAAAUCACAACAGAGACAAUGCAGAGAUCAAUGAAUCACAGUGACCCUAGCCCUCAAUAAAUUUAUCUACAUCACAGCUUCUGCAUUCAUGGCUCAGGGAACAUCAGAGAAGAGGAAGUGAAAAUGUUAUGAGAGCCAGAAUAUGAGGAGUCCAGCUGUAAGACUAUGUCUCCCAGAAAUGGCUGCAUAAAUAGGACUUGAGUAGUCACAAUAGCAAUACAUAUGCUAACAGGGAAGGGGAAUUUUUAUGGUUUCCUACCCCUACACAAAGAUGUACAGGCAACUAAUGAGUGUGGAGAGAGGGAGUAUCAGCACUUUCAGGCAUGAACAUCCUAAUUGGCUAUCCAAUGCAAAGUGGGCAGCCCCCAAACCACAUGCACUCUCUAACAACAAAAAUGGACUCAGUAAGCUUUAUUUAUAUGUUGGUGCAUAUAUGUAACAAGAAUAAAGGAAAAGACUUUCAAUUUAGAAGUGGGUGGGGCAAAAGUGAGUUGGAAGGGGAACAUGAGAAGGUAUAAAUGGAAGAAAGGGAAGAAGUGGCAUAAGUAUAUUCUCAUUUAAAAUGUACUUUAAAGUAGUUGGAAUUAAAUGGAGAGUUCAACUGGGGAUCUUGCAGUCUUUUGAUGGCUGCCACAGACACCAAAUGCUUCCAUUCUUUUGCUCAUUAACUUCUGGACACCUUUGAAUGCUCUUGCCAUGACCUUGUUUUGCUUAUUUCUUUGUGAUGCCCUUAGCAGAUUUUUUUUAUUCAUUCUCCUUCUUAGGGACCUCCACCACCACCAAUGUAGAGACACAUGUGUCUCUGAUUCUGUUAUGCAGAAUCAUAGCUUUCCUUUUAAUUCUAAGUGAACUACAAGAAAAGAUUGAAAACUGGUCGAAUUCAGACUUAGGUUCUUGAAAUAUAACAGCUCAGCACUGAUGGGAACAGCAGAAAAUGAAACCAAGGAAGGUUACUCUCUGAUCUUUGGCCACCAAUCCUUCCCCUUCUGUCAGGCCAUAGGAUGAUAUUGGAUAAAUGCCCUCUGAAACCUGAGAGAAAGAGUCUUCUUUCUGAGCAUGCAGGAUGUACAAAGAAGACUGACUCAAUCACCAGUGAGAUGUGGCUCUGUCCUUUCUCUUUCCUUUCUCUUUUGGGCUUGCAUACAGACUGCUGCCAUGCUGGCUGGCUAGGUCGCUCUGUAAGUAAGGCUUUUCCCUAUUAAAUACCCUUAUAUUUCUACCUGACUCUGUAUUGGCAAUUUCCCACUAUAUGUCCUCUCAUCAUAUUCCCAAGACUCUUUAUCAAACCUUAGCUUAAAAAAUCACAAACAAGUGCCCACACAAACACACACACACCCACACACCCACAGACACACACACACUCACAUACACACACAUACACACACACACACACACACACACACACACACACACACACACACCAUAUAUUCCAUUCAUUGUGCCUCCCUUUAUAUAUCCCCUUCAAGUAAUAUAAAACUUACACUUAAUUGCCAAAUAUGUUUGCAUUUUUUCUUACUAGUUGAAUUUGGCAUAGAGACUUAAACCAUAAUUUUUUGAUAUAAACUCUUAAUAGGAGAAAAGAGGCUUUUUAUUCAAUAAUAAAAACAAACAGGUUGACCAAUCAACCAUUGUCAGUGACUCUAAUAUACUCUUCCUGUGCUUUGCUCCAUCAAUGUAUUGAGCUGCCCAAUAGUUUACAUAUAUGUAAAUUCAACUUAAAACUAGAAAUUAUUAUUUCAAAACUAUUUAAGGUUUCUUUUUUAUAGAUAAUCUAAAAUUAAUUAAUACUGGUAUUCCCUCGGCAUUUUUUCCUCUUAAGAGUUCUUUAGGGCAACCCAUCAGCAACUAGGUGAGUGACCCCCUGCUUUUACCCAACUCCUGUCCAAGUGCCAUUCACCCAGAUGUCCC